AUGCUGAAGCGCAAAUCUCCUUAUGGAUCCGCAUCACCGGCGCCAGGCAGCCGUGGCGCCAGCGUCGGUGUGAAGGCUGAAGGGCCUGACUUCAAGCGCGUCAAGGAUGUGGUCGUGGGACUAUGAUUCAUAAGGGUUGGAGGCACUGGUUUGGAGGUUUUCCAGGUGACAACUAUUGUGUAUCACCAUUAGGAGGAAUGCGCUCCUCUAAAGCGCAUGGGGAGUCAGUCCAUGAGGGCGCUCGACGGCGUGGUGGAAGCGGAUGGGGUAGACGGCGAGGACGAUGAGCACUAACGCAAGGCACGUCCUCAUUCGUGUCAACGCCGUCAUACAUCGACCCGCGCGUGGUCGUCCUCGAUCUACGUGACUAUCUUAAGAACAGAGUGUCGAUGCCGUACCAGGACGCCUUCUUCCACGUCCAAGAGCACCACCCAGGUGUCGAUGUUGGUCAUGUGCUUGAUCUGCUCAAGAAACAGGAGCGCGUCAAGUUUAAUGACACCAACCAGGUGUUCAUGUAUGAGGUGAGUCCUCCGCAGCGUCGGGGCUACGGAUCGAGUUGGAGACUGGGAGGAAGGUUGAAGGCUGCCGUCGAGCACCGUUCUGGUGUAUAA